AACUAAUGUCUCGAACAUACCGGUGCCGUAAAGAGCAAAACAUACCAAAACAAUAUGUUUUUAUCAUUGCUGCUACACACAAACUAAACACAAUCUUCAAAAGUUUAUCAUUGUUGGCAAAGUUUGGGGCCGAGCAAAACAAAACAAAAAAUCUUUCCUUGAUAGAUCGGAAAGACAGUCUAAAAUAUCCUCCUGACCGUGACAGUCCAUCCGGUGUUGGUUUCAUAACUGGUUGUUAUCAAAGCAAUCUGCACAUUUGCACUAGGCUAACAAUCCAGAAAGUGUUUGUGGUUUAACAAAAACUAUUAAAUAAAAAGAAGUAGGCCUAAUCUUGUUAGCUGGAAAUCAUGAGUGGAUAUUUGGCUCGAAACUACGGCAGUCGCUACAUAUCUGUGAGUAAAAAAAAGAGAAGGAAAAUCGGAAGUUGAAUUGCUACACCUAAAAUGCAGCAUGCUAUACGAAAAAUCACUAUCACUUUCAGUUCUAUACUCAGCCGUGUGUGGUCAGGAAACUCACAGCUGAUGAAAAAUUCCGAAGCAACUUUGAGAAAAACACUCGAAGCAAAGUUCCCUCAGGCAAAGAACAUCGUCGUUAGCGACAUUUCCGGAGGAUGUGGAUCGAUGUACGAAAUAUACGUCGAAAGUAAAGAAUUUAAAGGUUUGUCGACUGUUAAGCAACACCGGUUGAUCACGGAAACUCUCAAAUCGGAAAUUAAGGAUAUGCAUGGCCUGCGGAUACACACAUCGAUAGCUGAAUAAUUGCUACUCAGAAAUUGGAUAACGUUUGCUGUAGCUGAGCGCUAUAGAUCAAAUAAUGAUGAUACUUCUACGGAAGCAACGAUGCAAAACGUCACUUGCAUAGACAAAAAAUCCAAAAUAAAAUGUUCUAAUACGUACCUCUA